UAGCCCCACUUUGAAGAAAAAAAUGACGCAUGCUCAUACGCACACAAUCAAACACAAAGCGUGUGCCUCCAAAGGGUAUAAAAGCACCACCACCUUCUCCCUUCUCCAUCUUCAAGCGUUCUACUAUUUCGUCAAUUCCAACAACACCACAAUGGGAAGAAGACCGGCGAGGUGUUACCGGCAGAUAAAGAACAAACCGUACCCGAAAUCCCGUUUCUGCCGCGGCGUGCCGGAGCCGAAGAUCCGAAUCUACGACGUGGGAAUGAAGAAGAAAGGCGUGGACGAGUUCCCGUUCUGCGUGCACCUGGUCUCGUGGGAGAAGGAGAACGUCUCCAGCGAGGCUUUGGAGGCGGCGCGCAUCGCAUGCAACAAGUACAUGGCCAAGUUCGCCGGAAAAGAUGCCUUCCACCUGCGCGUGAGGGUGCAUCCCUUCCACGUGCUCCGCAUCAACAAGAUGCUAUCGUGCGCCGGGGCCGACAGGCUCCAGACCGGCAUGAGGGGCGCCUUUGGGAAGCCGCAGGGGACGUGCGCUAGGGUUAACAUUGGUCAGGUGCUGCUCUCGGUGAGGUGUAAGGAUGCUAACAGUCACCAUGCUCAGGAGGCUCUUCGUAGGGCCAAGUUCAAGUUCCCCGGCCGCCAGAAGAUCAUUCUUAGCAGAAAAUGGGGAUUUACAAAGUUCAGUCGAAGUGAGUAUUUGAAGUUGAAGUCUGAGAACAGAAUUGUGCCGGAUGGGGUCAAUGCCAAGGUUCUUGGGUGUCACGGACCUUUGGCAAAUCGUGAGCCUGGAAGAGCUUUCUUACCAGCUACUGCUUAGGCCAUUUAGCAGUUAGCACUAGGAUACUCAUUGAAUAUGUGGUUUUUCUUUUCACCUGGUGAAUGGAUAUGUUGUAACUAUAAAAUGUGUUUCUGUCUGCGUUUUGUUAGAAGAUAUUUGAAUUAUGUAUCUAUCUGUCUUCCAAGAUGUCCUGGGGGCAUGAAAGAUGCACAUUCGAUGUAUUUAGAUCUCAUUAUUCUGUAAGAGUUUGAACAGAAUGGAAAUAAAUAUAUAUGGUCUUUAUUGUGUA